CGAAAAAUAACACACAUGGCCGAUCCGCCACGGACGAGCCUCGUGGCGGGCUGCCGCCGCCAGAUCUGGACGACUGCGAUCGCGACCUUUGCACAUGGCUUCGCCUUGCUCCUUGGCCUCCUUCCGCCAUGCAUCUUCGUGCCCAUGGGCAAGAUCAUGGGCCACGCCUGCUACGCCGCGGGCUGGCGGAAACGCAUUGCCAAGAAGAACCUUGCCAUGGCCUUUCCAGACAAGUCCGAGAUGGAGCGCAAGCAGCUGCUCAAGGAAGCGUACCAGACGACGUGCACGUCGCUGCUCUGGUUCCUCCAUCUUCGCGCCUUUGAUCGAUGGAAGCAUAUGGAGCGCUACGUCGACAUAUCAUUCCCCACUGCGUACCUUGACGAUGUCGCCAAAGGCCCUGUGCUCGUCACCUCGGCGCACCUCGGGUGCUGGGAGCUGCUUCCAUUUGUGCACGCGCCACCGCAUGUGUCGAUACGCAGCGUCUAUGCGCUCUACCGGCCACUCCACAACGUGGCGCUGGACCGCGUCGUCUUGGACCUUCGCCAGCACGAUACGAGCAUGCACCUCUUGCCGGACAAGCACUGUCUUCCGAGCCUCUACUCGAUUCUCAAGGCCCCGGAUCCCCACACGAUCGUGGCACUGGUGUGCGACCAGCGCCCGAGCCACAACCACGUACCGGUGCGCUUCUUGGAUCAACCGACUUUUUAUGCGCCGGGUGUUGCCGUUUUGCACAUGCGAAGCCAUCGACCAGUGUGGUUCACGGCGCUCUUGCACGCCCCAUCUGACGCCGCCAAGCCAUUUCGCCUCGUCACUGUCCCCGUUAUUGGACGCGGCGCCAACGUGACGCAGCUCGAUGUGAUCAUGCAAUCGUACGCCGAUAUCGUCUCGGCGAACGUUCGGCAAGCCCCCGCGCAGUACAUGUGGUUCCACGACCUCUGGCGCGACGCUGCUUAGCUGCUCAAUAUAAUAGAAGCAAAGUGGCAACACGCAUGCUCAUAGUCGGCCAGCUCUUCUUCUC